CAUAAUGUCCUUCACUCUUGAUAAUACUGGCAACUAUGCUUUGCUUAAUGUGGGCUAAUCAGGGAGUUCACUUGUGGGACCUACGCAAUAGAACUUUAGUCCGCAAAUUUAGAGGUCUUACCCAAGGUCACUACACGAUACAUUCAUGCUUUGGAGGAGAUAAUCAAGACUUCGUAGCAUCAGGAAGUGAAGAUAAUAAGGUUUAUAUAUGGCAUCACCGGAGAGAAUUACCCGUUGUUACACUUGUUGGACAUACUCGAACUGUAAACUGUGUGACAUGGAACUCUCGGUAUCCAGCCAUGGUCGCUUCUGUGUCAGAUGAUGCUACAGUUCGCAUAUGGGGACCUGCACCCCAGUACAGGCCAACCACUUCAAGCCAAAAUGGCACAAGUGCCACUACCAAUGGGAGGGAGUCUGAAUCUCCAACAUCUCAUAUGUUCCUGAGCAAUGGUGCAGCUGUUUAGUGCAGAGACAAUCACAUGUGCCGCAGACUUUUUAUCUCGUCGCUUGUGGCGCACACUUAGCUGCUUGGUGCUGCUAAGUUCAAGUGACGUCACGUGGAUAUUAGUGCCACAAAGCAAGUGCAUAGAAAUGGUGUUUUAUUGCCAUUACCAAAAACAUCUCUGAUUCACAUUUUGUGACAUGGAUAUCAAUGUCAUUAGCUAAGUGAUGGACAACUAGGUGGAUGCAAAUCUAUCUGUGAAUCAUUCCUCUGUGAGUGGGACCUAUAUGCCAGAUGAGUGUAAUCAUGUGUGCAGAUUACAUAUGUUGAGAAUGCUCCUUUUCCUCAACCAAAUAGUCCCUCAGUGGAAUUUCUACAUUUUACCUGCAAGGUAUCUACAAGAAGUGUUCUACUUUCAAGAGGAUUUCUACUUUAUUACAGCAUUUUUGUUUUUAUUACUUUCUAGUUCUGUCUUCCGCAGGUUAGGUAAUUGGCACAAGGAGAAAAUUUUUACUCUGUGGCAAGUCUUUGCUCUGAGUAGACUCGACUCUUUUUGGCAAGAAUGUGUUUAAUUUGCCAGAGCACACCUUCAAGAAUAGGGAAAUCACAUUUUUCCUUAUAAAUUUUUUCUUUCUCUGAUGAAAGGUAUUAUUCUUAGGAAUUCUUCCUGUGUAUGUGGAUCACUCUAAGAGUAUGAAUCACAGUAGGCUCCUUAAGUUGCCAGAACUGCUCAUCCACUGUUGUUAUGUGUGGCUGUUUAAAUCCAAUCAUUUGUUCAUCUGUUUCAACCUCAUCAUCCAUUGUUUGUCAGUUCCACUUGCCCCCAUUGUAAAUAAGUAUCUUUCCUUCUUGGAAAGCAUUUUUCGUCCACAGGGUUGAAAAGUGUGAUGAAACUCGUAAACUGAAGUCUGAUAUUAAGUUGACAGAACAACUAUUUUCUCCUUGUUAUGCAUAGUGACUCGUGUCCAAGCCUCUGUUCGUUAUAUAUGAAAUGUAGUCUGUAUACUAAUUUUUGUCAUGUUGACAACUUGAAUAAUAAUGCGCCUUAGAGAUUACAUAAGCUCAUAAAUGCAUAAGACACAAGACAAAAGACUCAGUAAUACUGCCAAGUGACAAACCCUAAUCAACAUUAUAACUUUAUACUUAUGACGUUUAAAGGUAUUUCAUCAACAAGAAGUGUGUAUACAUAUUAGUGAAUUAGAAGUGAGAGUUAUGACAGGAUAUUUUGUGUACAAUUACUGGUGAUGUUAUACUGUGAAGUUGUAAAAGGUAUUGUAAUAACAAGUUGUGGAUAAACCCAUUUAUGUACAAUUCAGGACAUUUUAAUAUUAGAGGAAGCAUAUUGUCACAAUUGGUGACAUACAUCCUGUAAUUAAUGUUCCGAACUGAACGUAAGUGUAUAUCCACUUACAUUGUAAAGGGUAAUUUGAGCUUGUUGUGUAAGGUAGGAUCAUGGUAAUAAAUUAUGCUGCUCUUAUUAUAACAGAUAUAUAUGUAUAUACAUACGUAUAUUAAUGUAAGACUACAGCUGAAAGUGGUAAUAAUUUUUGUUCAUAGUUUAUAUAGAGUAAUGGAGAGUAUUUUAGCCAGUCAGAAGUAGCCCUGUUUGAUGUUUCAUUUUCUAGGUGUCUAAAGUUUGUGCUUACUGACUAUUUAUUAUUAUCUGUUUGAUUUUCAUACUAAAUUUUUGAAAACGAAAUGAAUAUUGAUUUCCAUAUGGGUAUAUUUUGAUAUUUUAAAAGUUUUAUCACUAUUCCUCAAUAGUUAAAUACUCGUAUAUAAAUGAAAGGCUGCGAUUGUUGCCCGUGGAUGUUCACUAUGGUCUUGUAUAUAUAUGGCAAGACCACAAGUUACAAACACCAGUACUGGGACAAUGGGUGGGAGGCACCACUGAAUCACUUGCCAUGCCACCAGUUUCACACUAAUAUGAACACAAUAAGAAUACUGAAAAGGAGUGGAGUGCAAAUUUGAAUUGUGUGUGUGUUAUUAUGAUUUGUCGGGGUAACUCAUAAGAAUUUCUUGGACUGUCUGAACUUAGCAGAGAAAUACAUGUGUGAGUUAACAUGUAAGUGAGCAAAAACUGUUUUUAUUAUAGAAAUUAUAUCUUUUGAACUGAUUAGCAGAAUAUAGUUGCAAUAUUUGAACUGUUUUGAAUAUUAGGAGAUAAAUACAAGAGCAAUAAACCUCUAUUUCUAAUAAUGGAUUACAGUGUCGAGUAACUUUAAUGGUAACAAAUGUUAUAAAGCUUAAAUUCACCUGUUCACAUUUUUUUUAAUGUUUUAACAGUUCAGACUAGGUUAGCGCCUAGUCUGAUUAUAUUAUUAGCAGCUCAGAAAUAGAAACAGAAUUCCUACUACCUUACAAAUCCACAUUUGUGUCUAGAUAACUCCUUGUUUACAAAGCUCAAAAAUUUGUGGAAUUACAAAUGGUUUUCUCACUGUAAAUGAUAUUUAAUGUUUCUUAUGAAUGAAUUUGGGGCUGACUCGGCUAUAUGUGUCACUUGUUUAAUCAAGAAUUUCUUUGUGAAGUAUAGCUUCAUUUCUCAAGUUUUUUUAGUCAUGGGCACACUUAUCUUUAUUGCUAAAUUUUUCAAUCUAUACCUUGUUGAUUCAUUACUUUUUUUUUUUUUUUUGGGGGGGGGGGAGUACUUUGCUUUUCUUGAAGUUUCUAUGGUUGUGAAUAAUGAUGGCCUCUCAGCAAACACGCGUGCAAACACACACCCACAGUCACACAAGAAAGAAAGUAGAGGGAAAAGCAUAUGUAAGGCAAAAAUAAUAAAAGAGAAGAUACAGUCAAGGUUUAAUUUACAAUGAGAUAUGAAUGCAUCCUGUGAAAAACCCCUCAGCAGGGAAGAGUGUGCCCUUUCAUUUUCCCUAUGGUAAAACUUACAAGGAAUUUGUUAUUUCAUUUAUCUUUUCAAGGGGGGGGGACUGUCAUUGAAGUAUUUAUCUUAAGUACAGCAAAGAAUGUUAAAUUCAGCUCUUCAUAAAUUGUGCUGCUGAUUUUACCUUAUGUGCAUUAUUUGUAUCUUUUAUUAUAAUUUGGCACUAUUUAACUGAUUGCAUCAUUCCAAAAUUAGAUGCAGGAGAAAGUGCUAGUAAGGGAUUAUCAUCAGAUGGAAUAUAAAAUUAUGAAAAGAUUAAAGGAAGUACAUAGUGUGAAAAUAUACUUGAAAGAAAAUUUAUGUGAAAAAAUUAUUGGGAUAUAUUUUGUGACUAGUGUUUGCUGAUGAGUAAUACCUGUACAAUAUUGUGUGAACUAAUAUUAUUUUCAACAUUUGAAGAACCUGACAUUUAAUAAUAACCUAUCUGAGAUUAUAGGGCAUUUUUUGUUAAAAUGCUUCAAAUGCUUUAUAUAAUAAAUAUUUUGAGAACAGAAUAGACACAUAAGCCAGUUUUUAAAUACAGUAAAUAACAUCUGCCAGGAAGAAAGUAAAUUCGGUAUCAUUUUAUACAGUAUUUUGAAAAAAAAUAUUUUAAAGAAAAGUAAUUUAAUAUUUUGUCAAAGAUAUUACAUUAAAUAUUUGUUUAUAUUUAAUAAACUUUAAUAUUAAAGAAUCUUACAGGUAAGGAAAAUAUUAGAGAUUAAAUUUCAGAUGCAGAUUGAAUAAUUCGUAAAUAAUCAUAUAUGUAUAUGCCUUGGUAUGUGGAUGUCUGAUCUUUCUCAACAGUAUUAUUUAACCCCAGUAUCAUUCAUUAUAUUUGCCACAUGUCUUCUUAAAUUAUUUCACUUUUUGCUCUUGGUUUUUUUUAUGGAUUCCCUUGGAUAGCAGUAAAAAUCUUUGUCUUAUUCAUUUGGCUUCUUUUGUCUACUUAAAUUCUAUACCAAGACUUCUAAUUUAAUUUCUAGUACUAUAUUUUGUACAAAGAUCUGUAUUAGAACUGUAAUAUUUGGGGUUUCUAAAGUAUUAUUCAAGGGGGCUGAGGUUGGGGUUGUUGAGGUGGUUUGGGCAAUUAGAGAGGAUGGAGUAAAAUAGGAUGACUAGGAGGGUGUACAUGUCUGGGGUGGGGAGGAAGAGGGAUAGAGGUUAUCCCAGGAAGGGUUGGAGGGAGGUAAACCUCUUUGACACCUAACUUGUAUGAGUGCAUUAGAUAAGAGUGAAUAGAGACAAGUGCUUCUUUGACUUGAUCAAGGGAUUCUGGGAAACCGGUAAGCUAAGCUAGAGGCCUAAAGGUGGGAAAUACAGUGCCUGCACCCUGAAGAAGGGAUGAGGCUGGGGAUGUUGCCAUUUAAAGGGUCAUGUGAAUUGAUAUCCGCAUGCUUCUGGCAAAAGUGUUUGAUGAAGUGAUGGUAAAAGUGUUAGUUUUAUUUUUCUAUCACCUUGCUUCUGUGGGAUAUGGCUGGCAUGUUAAAAAUUCUAGAAAAAUGCAUGCAAAUUAAGGUAAGUAUAUGCUGCUACGACAGGGAACUUUUAAAAUUUCAUUUAACAUUAAAACUGAAGAUGGAACAUAAUAAGCAUAGCUUAGCUCCUGUAAUUACAAGUAGGUAUAUGUAGACACUUGCCAUCUAAUCUUCCCCUCUCCCCCCAAACACACACACACACACACACACACACACACACACACACACACACACACACACACACACACACACACACACACACACACACACACACACACACACACACACACACACACACACACACACACACACACACACACACACACACACACACACACACACACACACACACACACAUACA